GAUCUCAGCUGUCUUCCUCUGCUGGUACACGGGAAUCUCCUCGAUGCCACAGCAGACACAGACCAUAAUUUAACCAAUCCCCUAGUGAUGGACGCAGAGCUGCCUGUCGCCAUCACAACAAAAAUGCCACACGCGGAGGGACUUAAAACAACAGAGACCUAUCCUCUCCCAGUUCUGGAGGCCGGAAGUCUGACAUCGGGGUGUUACAGGACCCAGUCCCCUCCGAAGGCCCCGGGGAGGAUCCCCUCUUCCUCUUCCAGCUUUCUGUGGCUCUGCACAAUGCUUGGCUUUCCCGGCUUACAGACACACCAGAUCAGUCCCUGCCUCUGUCUUCAUGUGGCCUUUGGCAUCGAUGUGCCCACGAGGAUGCUGGCGCGGCCCUAGGCCCACGCUCCGCACCAUGACCUGCUGGCUGUGCGUCCUGGGCCUGCAGCUCCUGCUCCUGCCCGCCGCGCCCCCGCCGGCCGGCGGCUGCCCGGCCCGCUGCGAGUGCACGGCGCAGACGCGCGCGGUGGCCUGUCCCCGGCGCCGGCUCACCGCCGUGCCCGACGGCAUCCCGGCCGAGACGCGCCUGCUGGAGCUCAGCCGCAACCGCAUCCGCUGCCUGAACCCGGGCGACCUGGCCGCGCUGCCGCUGCUGGAGGAGCUGGACCUGAGCGAGAACGUGAUCGCGCACGUGGAGCCGGGCGCCUUCGCCAACCUGCCGCGCCUGCGCGUCCUGCGCCUGCGCGGGAACCUGCUCAAGCUCAUCCCGCCCGGGGUCUUCACGCGCCUGGACAACCUCACGCUGCUGGACCUGAGCGAGAACAAGCUGGUCAUCCUCCUGGACUACACCUUCCAGGACCUACGCAGCCUCCGCCGGCUGGAGGUGGGCGACAACCACCUGGUGUUCAUCUCGCGCCGGGCCUUCGCGGGGCUGCUGGCGCUCGAGGAGCUAACCCUGGAGCGCUGCAACCUCACGGCGCUGUCGGGCGAGUCGCUGGGCCACCUGCGGGGGCUGGGCGCCCUGCGGCUGCGGCACCUGGCCAUCGCCGCCCUGGAGGACCAGAACUUCCGGCGGCUCCCGGGCCUGCUGCACCUGGAGAUCGACAACUGGCCGCUGCUGGAGGAGGUGGGCGCCGGCAGCCUGCAGGGGCUCAACCUGACCUCGCUGUCCGUCACGCACACCAACAUCACCGCCGUGCCGGCCGCCGCGCUCCGCCACCAGGCCCACCUCACCUGCCUCAACCUGUCGCACAACCCCAUCAGCACGGUGCCGCGCGGCUCCUUCCGCGACCUGGUCCGCCUGCGCGAGCUGCACCUGGCCGGCGCCCUGCUGGCCGUCGUGGAGCCGCAGGCCUUCCUGGGGCUGCGGCAGAUCCGCCUGCUCAACCUCUCCAACAACCUGCUGUCCACGCUGGAGGAGAGCACCUUCCACUCGGUGAACACGCUGGAGACGCUGCGCGUGGACGGGAACCCGCUGGCCUGCGACUGCCGCCUGCUCUGGAUCGUGCAGCGCCGGAAGACCCUCAACUUCGACGGGCGGCUGCCGGCCUGCGCCACCCCCGCCGAGGUCCGCGGCGACGCGCUGCGCAGCCUGCCCGACUCGGUGCUCUUCGAGUACUUCGUGUGCCGCAAGCCCAAGAUCCGCGAGCGGCGGCUGCAGCGCGUCACAGCGGCGGCGGGCGACGACGUGCGCUUCCAGUGCCGCGCCGAGGGCGAGCCCGCGCCCACCGUGGCCUGGGUGACGCCGCGCCACCGCGCCGUGACCGCCGACAGCGCGGGCCGCGCGCACCUGCUGCCGGGGGGCACGCUGGAGAUCCGGGGCGCGCGCCCGCAGGACAGCGGCACCUACACGUGCGUGGCCAGCAACGCGGGCGGCAACGACACCUACUUCGCCACGCUGAGCGUGCAGCCCGAGCCGGCCGCCAACCGGACCCCGGGCGAGGGCCGCAACGAGACGCAGGCGGCCGCGCGCUUCCCGCUGGACCUCACCACCAUCCUCGUGUCCACCGCCAUGGGCUGCAUCACUUUCCUGGGCGUCGUGCUCUUCUGCUUCCUGCUGCUCUUCGUGUGGAGCCGCGGCCGCGGGCAGCACAAAAACCACUUCUCAGUGGAGUACUCCUUCCGCAAGGUGGACGGGCCGGCGGCCGCGGCGGGCCAGGGCGGCGCCCGCAAGUUCACCAUGAAGAUGAUCUGACGGCCCCGCGCUCGCCGGCCCGUCCCAGGAGCACCUAUGCAUUUCCCAGAGGCCGCCCGCCGCCGGCGCCCCACGCGACUUACCCCCUUUUUUGUAGGGACCCGCACACAGGACUGUUUUUUCAUCAGGACUCAUCUUUUGCAUAGUUUCUCGAGCAUUUUCUAAAGGUUUCACCCCGUCUUCCUGUCCCUCCUGAGCUGGGUGGGAGCUUGGAGACCCCCACAGCCCUCUCUGCAGAUGGUUCACACCCCCCUACCCCUAGCUGGGGGCCCCUGACACCGCUCACACCCGGAGGGACGAUGGCCUACAUCCAGGACGUGGGGGGGGGCACCCAGCCCCCGGGGGAGGCAUGCACGGGUACUGCACUCCGCACACCGAGCACACAGGUGUUCACACCCAGGACACACUCUCGGACACACAGCUCCAAAACAGAACCCAGCCGACCCUAAACCGGCGCCCCAGGCUGCCGAGCUCACCUCGAGCACACAGGGCUCUUGUGAGAGCACAACUCACACCUGGGACAUACCCUGCUCACACUCAGGACACACCCAGCUCACACUCGGGACACACGCAUACCACCCCUGAGACACUCAGCUCACACUUGGGACAAACCCAGCUUACACUGGGAUUGCACUCGGCUCACACCUGGGACACAGCUCCCAACCAGGCCACGCUCAGCUCACACACGACAUCCAGUUCACACUCAAGACACACCCAGCUUAGACCCAGCUGACACUGAACGCGCACCCCAGGCUGCAGAGCUCGCCAUGGGGACCCAGGGCUCUCCUGGGAGCACAACUCAUGCCCGGGACAAGCCACUCACACCUGGGAUGUGCACAGAUCAUAGCUGAGACACACUCAGCUCACACUCAGCUCCUGCUUGACUGGCUGUCUCUGGGGGAGUGUCAGAGCUGCACUGAGGUCUUGCAGAACAGGCAGUGCUCCCGCUGGGGGCCCAGCACGAAACAGGCUAGUCUGGGCCCCUGCCCCCAGACUCUCCCCCAGUCCGAGACCCACCAGCCCAGCAGGGUGGGCUGCCCACUAGCAGAAGCCGUCUCCCCCACUUCCUCUGCCACCCGCAACAGCGGCCACUUGCCUCCUCUGCCCGCGCCACACAGGAGGGGCAGCCGUCCUGACCCCUGGCUGGGGAGCAUGGCUUCUGGGGUGUCCCCCUCCAGCAGGCCAGCUGGAGUGACCUUUAGUCCUGAGUCUACACGACCCCUCACCCAGCCUCAGAGGGGCCCCAGUGCAGCCCUACCAGGCCCGGCCCAGCGCUGUGACCCACUGCACCUGCGGGGAAUGAGGCCAGAGAGUGUGUGAGGUUCUGAGGGUCCCUGUUAAGUGCAGUCUCUGCCACUUUGGAGCAGAGCUAGGGCUAAAGGGUAAGGGAGCCACAGGCAGACGGAAGCUCGGGUUAAGGAAGAACUCCCCUAAGCUUACUGCCCUGUUACUUUUCAGAUAGUGAGUUCCCCAUCAAUGGGGGUAAGCAACAGGAGCUGAUGUUUUACAAAAAUCUUUAGGAACCACACGGGGUCCAUCCAUGACCCUGCCUCUGCCAGGUGGAUUACUGCCCCCACCUCCACCUGGGCCAGGUGACAGGGCAUCAUUUGAGGAAGGGGCACAGGAAACACUGUGGACCCCUCGACUAGUAAGGAGCUUGGCCUCCCCCCAGGAGGAUAGGACAGUAUUCUUAAGGACCUCGUAGGAAGGCUCGAAACCAGGUCUGUUCCUUUCCAGGUGUGCAAUUAUAGCUGAUGGCUGAGAACCCCUGGACCCUGGGUCCUCGUCUGUAACGUAGGUCUGAGGUCAAAUCCACAGCUGCACAUAUCUGAGGCCACGUCCACGGACCGGCUUGAUGGUUGUCCUGGAUCCCGGAUCCUUCAAGAUCUUUCUGAGAUAAGCCAGAGAAAAAGCUGGGCCAAGCCUGGGGGUUUUGAGCACAGGAUUCAGACAGAACCUGGAGGGGACACUGGCCCUCCUCCUGGGCUAUGUGGCUGGACACGGUAGGCCUUGGUCCUGCUCCCACCUGCCUCAACCCCACUCAUGGCGGGGUGUAGCGACGGCCGAAGGGGGUGUCCGGUGCCCCCAAACUCCACCUGAGUUGGGCAGAACCGACUGGUUUUCUCCCUUCACAUCCUCCUGACCUUGGUUGCCAUAACAACCCCAAGGGCCCCUCAAAAUGACAUCCAAGUGCCUUUAGCAUCAUCAGCGAAGGGAGGGGUGUGUUCUCAGCAGCAUCAGGAUGCGCACACCGGCGGCGCCCUGGGAUCCCCCACCUCCCACCCCAACAUGAACCCGGAAACCCCCAGGCCCCCAGCCCCCUCCUGCUGUGUUUGGUUGGAACCCAAUAAAAAUGAAGCUGAUUUAAU